AUGGCGACAACAAAUCUACCUUUCGUACAACAAGAAAUGAUUCGUUAUGGUAUGAGCAUCUAUUUUGCACUUGGUCUCAUUGGUAAUAUUUGCAAUUGUAUCAUGUUUACACGACCAUUAUAUCGGCGCUCACCUAGUUCUGUGUAUCAUUUUUCUUUCUCAAUUUGUGCUCUUCUAUAUUUAAUUUGGACUGUAAGCCCACAACUGUAUACACUUCAUUAUCCUGAUCUUCAAAAAGAAUCGGUACUCUACUGUAAAACAAGACUUUAUGGCAGUGUUGUUCUUGGGUUAUACUUUCGCUAUAUUCUGGUGUGUGCUUGUGCUGAUCGAUUCUUUGCAACACGAGUCGAUGUUCGACUUCGAUCGUUAAGUUCAGUUAAAGUGGCAAUAGUGCUUAUUGUGAUCACGUUUAUAGUAUGUGUAUUAGUCGCCAUUCAUAUACCUAUUUUGAUGGAUAUACGAAGUAACACUUGUGGAAUGUUUGGUUUAUACAAAUUAAUUUAUGCAUUUUAUCAAAUCAUGACAAAUAGUGUUCUGCCACCAGCAUCAAUGAUCAUUUUCAGUGCUCUCACUAUACGUAGUCUCCAUCAACGGCAUACUGCUCUAAUGCAUGCUAGAAAUAGAGAUCGUCAUCUUUUACGUAUGGUCAUUGCUGAAGUCGCCGUGAAUAUAAUUACAGCAGUUCCUUAUUCAGCUAAUCUCAUCUAUGGAGUAGCAACAUAUUAUGUUGUUAAUAAAAGUGCUCAACGACUUGAAAUUGAAUCAUUUAUGACUUUUCUCGCUCAAUUCGUACUCUAUAUGCUUAGUGUGGCUCCAUUUUAUUUAUUUUUGUUCGUAUCAAAACCUUAUCGAAAUGAAUUCAUCAAUAUAAUAGCCACAUGUCAAACUAAGUGUAUACGACGAAGAAAUAGAAUUAUGCAAGUAAGGGUACAAAAUCAGACAGCAACAAUUAAUGAUCCAGUCAUCCAUAACAAGUAA